GUCUCUUAAAAUAAACAAAGUGUUCCCAAUUAGAAUGUAGUGCAUUGUGAGAUUUAAUAGACAAAAAAAUUAUCAUAAAUUGCUUAUUUUUAUGCUCGGUGUUUUCCACAUAUCAUAUAUCGAAAAUACAUAUAUUCUUUUGCAGCAAUAAAAAUAUAGUUGUACAUUGUUUCAAAUUGUUUCGUCAUGUCUGAAAUGCGAAUCCGUCCACGACAGGUGCUCAUACUUAUUAUUGUGUUCCUAGUGAUAUUGCUUUUAGUGCAUCGGAAUGGGAAGCGUACUUGCCAGGGUCCCGAAUUUUUGCAGGCUAUUUAUGCUAAACAAACGGAGAACGCUUUACCAAAAAUUUAUGCCAUAACACCAACAUACAGUCGGCCAUCGCAAAAAGCCGAACUAACAAGAUUGUCACAUAUAUUCAUGCUUAUGCCUAAUUUACAUUGGAUUUUAAUUGAAGAUUCCAAUACAACGACGAAAGUAGUGCGCAACCUGUUGACGCGAGCGGGUUUAACGGAACGUUCAACCCAACUCAACAUUAAAACACCAGUUAAUUAUAAAUUGAAAAAUAAAGAUCCGAACUGGCUGAAGCCACGUGGAGUGGAACAACGAAAUUUAGCCCUCAGUUGGAUACGUACAAAUGUAGAUCCAGCGGAACAUAGUGUGAUAUUUUUUAUGGACGAUGACAACUCUUACAGUGUGGAGCUGUUUGUGGAAAUGACUAAAAUCGAACCCGGUCGUGUUGGCAUAUGGCCAGUGGGUUUAGUAGGUGGACUUAUGGUGGAAAAACCUAUACUUAAUGCUGAAAAUACGCAAGUAAUUGGUUUUAAUGCAGCGUGGCGACCGGAGAGACCAUUUCCUAUAGAUAUGGCUGCGUUCGCAAUUAGUACUGAUUUGUUAUUUAAAUAUCCACAAGCGCAAUUUGCUUACGAAGUGGAGCGAGGCUACCAAGAAAGUGAAAUAUUAAGACACAUAACAACAAGAGAACAACUACAACCUUUGGCGAAUAAUUGCCGAGAUGUGCUAGUGUGGCAUACUCGUACUGAAAAAACAAAUCUCGUAUCUGAAAUAAAACUGAAUAAAGAUGGGAAACAUUCUGACGUUGGCAUGGAGGUCUAGCAUUAAUAAAAGAGAAUUUAAAAUUUAAAAAAAAUUGCGUCAUGAUUUAAAUGCUCGCAAUUUUUUUUUUAUAUCCGGUAUAUUUACGCAUUAAUAAUUCUCCACAAGUGAUUAAAAAAGAUCGUAUAUCGUAGUACUUCCAAAAUAUUUAUUAUAUACAUAUAUUAUGCCCAUAAACACAUUUAGUUAUAUAAGAAUUAAACAAU